UCUCACACCAUAAACUUUCGGACAAUCAGUGGCGGCGGCAGUGGCGACAAUUGCUUUUGCAACCGACCACUCCACGCUUAGACACCGAUCGGCGAUAUCGUUGCAUUACCUACUCGACUAUAUGCGACCCGACCGUCUCCCGGGGUUCGAUAUAUCUAGAUACCAUCUAAAUACGGGCAGUGGUUUAUAUUGUUUUCGUUUCGAUUGAGAGUAUGCAGUGCGCGCGAUUAAGGAACGCAUAUUUGUGCCAUCAAUUAUUUGUGCAACGAAUUACAGUUAUCUGAGUUAAGAUUGCUGCAAUAUUCCAACGAAGUGAGACUGAAAUAUCUUUCUAGAGUCGUGCGACCGAGUGUAAUUAGCAGGAAAUUGCUUUUCUAGUGACUAUUGUGACUCACCUCAGUGCAAACAAUAGGGCGACAGUCAUGGAGAACAUUACCAACGUUAAGCUGUACGAUUUGAUCACCCGAUGGAUUGAAGUGCAAAAACUGCGGCCGGAUUAUUGCGACGGAAGUCCGCUGAAAGUUGACGUCAUGGAUCUGACACUGCUGCUCAAAUCAAUGGGUCUCAAGCUGGAAUAUAUUGACUUUGAGAAUGAAAAGUCAAACGCGGACACACUGACGGUGCAAAUCGCGUGCAAUAAAUCAGGAGUGUUAGCAAAACUGAGCUACGAUCUGGUCAGCUGUUCAUGCCCCGAUAAAAAUGACAAAGAAACCUCGUUCUGGGAAGUGCAAGGCACAGGCCCAUCGGUAUUUUCAAAGUUUAGAAACGAUACCUCAUCGAACCUUCUGCCGGAAAUCUCCGAGAAGUGCUCAAUGGUGUCUAAGGCGAUGCUGUCCAACCUAUUGGACUACUAUCGAACCAACAUUAAAACUAUUGAACGAGGGGAAGAUGUUCUGCAAUCUCCGUUGAAGGUUGCCACUCCGGCGAUCUGUGUCACGAGUCCGGGAUUGACUAACCACUGUGCCACUUCACCUAGAGAGGAAAAACCUGUUGUUUACACGGAACCUGAUAGCCUUCCCGAUAGUCAUCGAGUAAAAACUGCCCCCGAUGGUAGCAUCAUCAAACCUAGAUCCCUAGAAGAACUCCAGGAUAGUCCGAAGAAGGCUUCAAGCGAACAAAGCGACACAAAAUCCAAUAUUUCGUCUGAGAGUGUAGGGAUAGACAAUGCCACACGGGAACUAUCCGGGCACGAAACAGUUGGCAAACCGGUAAUAGUUGAACCAAUUCUUUCGAACUCAAAUAUCCCGGAUGACAGUUCAUUCGUAAACAGCGAUGCCAUGAAGGCGUUAAUCACAUCUAGUCCCAACGAAAAGUUGUUCGAUUCUAUCCUAAGUGCCGAAGUGAACCACGAGCGGGAUCUCAACGUAAUGCACUGCCUGUACCAAGCUCGUCAGCAAAUCGACGCUGCUCUUUUGGUUAUGAAGCUCAAUAACCCGUACAUGGAUAUAUCGAAAGCCACAACCGUAACUACCACUCCACAAACGGUGGUUCGGAGCAAGGGAACCAUCUCGAAAGUAGCUGAGCGGAAUAUAACCGUUGCGAGGAGAAUGUCUUUGCCAGGGCGUCCAUCAGAUACACCCAGGCCUUCCGCGGCCAAUACUCCCGCUGGUAUCACAAGGAAGAAGCCCACGAUUCCGUCGCAGCUAGCGAAGGCACGCGGCGACACCCCAUAUCCCACUGCAUCGAACCACAAAGCGGUCUCCAUGCUGAGGAAAACAAGCUCUUCUUCGUCCGUCGCAAGUACCGGCUCCGUGACCAAAUCGUCGACAAGUACAUCGACGACGACGACCUUUAGGAAACCGGUAGGCAUAACCAAACCUGUAGGAAGCGUACGACCAACGGCGGGCUCUGCGCUAAAGAAGUCCACGACCAUCGGCAGAGCGGCUAGUGCAACAAAACUGGACAGAAAGUGAUUCUAAUCCAAUACCUAUCACCAUUGAAUCGUUAGAUGUGUUACUGUUGAUCGGGUCGAUAGAUAUGUUAAACUUUUAUUGCUGCUCUGCUUCGCGUGUUGCAAUGCGGUUCAUGUGAAAUAAAUUCUGCUCUUAUAAAAAUA